UGAGAGCUGCCCGAAACCGUGCCUGAACGCAUUCACACGUGUUCAGAUGUUUAUUUUGUGACGACCAACUUUUCUUAAAUUAUAGAAACUGUUACCAGCUAUCAAACGUAUUAGACACUAUCAGCAGAGUGGAUUAGUUUCGCUGUUUCUGUCGUUGUUUCGGGCGUUUCCCGCGGGCAGCUGUGAGCGCGGGCGUCGGAGAAACAUGGCGGAGCUGAAGCUCAUCGGCUCGUAGAGAUCCAGAGAGAGUUUGCGGCAUCAGUCAGCAUCGUCUGCCAGAGUUGAUGAUUCAGCAGGAGAAGCCGUUGGCGGGCAGCAUGCCGGUGGUUUGGCCCACGCUGCUCGACCUCAGCAGAGAUGAGUGCAAACGAAUCCUGCGCAAACUGGAGCUGGAAGCGUACGCCGGUGUGAUCAGUGCUCUGCGUGCUCAAGGAGAUCUCACCAAAGACAAGAAGGAUCUGCUGGGAGAACUCACUCGAGUGCUGAGUAUCUCGACGGAGCGUCAUCGAGCGGAGGUGCGCAGAGCCGUGAAUGACGAGCGCCUGACCACCAUCGCGUAUCACAUGUCGGGGCCCAACAGCUCGUCGGAGUGGUCCAUCGAGGGCCGGCGGCUGGUUCCUCUCAUGCCCAGACUGGUUCCUCAGACGGCCUUCACUGUGAUGGCCAACGCAGUGGCCAGUGCGACCGCGCACCAGAACGCCUCGCUGCUGCUGCCCGCCGACACCGCCAACAAAGAAGUGGUGGUGUGUUACUCGUACACCAGCACCACCUCCACCUCGUCCAGUGCAUCAGCUCCCAGCAGCAGCAGUGCAGCAGCAGCCCUUAAAUCCCCUCGACCCGCCAGCCCUGCCUCCAACGUGGUGGUGCUGCCCAGCGGGAGUACAGUCUACGUCAAGAGCGUGAGCUGCUCCGAUGAGGACGAGAAACCCCGAAAGAGGCGGAGAACCAACUCGUCUAGCUCCUCCCCCAUGCUGCUGAAGGAGGUGCCUAAAGUGGCCACGCCCAUUUCCAAAACCAUCACAGUUCCGGUGAGCGGCAGCCCGAAGAUGAGCAACCUGAUGCAGAGCAUCGCCAACUCUCUGCCGCCGCACAUGUCUCCGGUGAAGAUCACCUUCACCAAACCCUGCACCCAGACCACCAACAGCACCACGCAGAAGGUGAUAAUCUGUGUGUGUGUGUGUGUGUGUGGUUCAGGCGGCUCCUCCGCGGCGGUGAAGCUGUCCUCCACUCGUCUGCCGUCUCCCAAGUCUCUGGUCAGCUCUCCGUCUCAGAUCCUGCAGAUUCCUAAAGCGCAGCAGCAGACGGCGGUUCAGGCUGCGUCUCCUAAAGGCCUGCAGGCCUCCCUCUCGUCUCCUCAGAGCUCUGCCGCCGGAGCCAAACCCACCAUUCAGAUCAAACAGGAGUCUGGAGUGAAGAUCAUCACGCAGCAGAUGCAGCCCAGUAAGAUCUUACCCAAACCCUCCAGCGCCGCGCUGCCCAGCAGUAGCUCCGCCCCCAUCAUGGUGGUCAGCAGCAACGGCGCCAUCAUGACCACCAAACUAGUGUCCACUCCCACAGGCUCUCAGGCGUCGUACACGCGUCCCUCCGUCAGUCCAGCGAUCGGUGCGCGAGUGGCCACGUCUCCCGCCGGAGCCACGUACGUCAAGACCACCAGCGGCAGCAUCAUCACCGUCGUGCCCAAGUCUCUGGCCACGCUGGGGGGGAAGAUCCUCACCACCAACAUGGUGUCGGGAACCAGCACCAAGAUCACCACCAUCCCCAUGACCUCCAAACCCAACGUCAUCGUGGUGCAGAAGACCACCGGCAAAGGGACGACCAUCCAGGGUCUGCCAGGGAAGAACGUGGUGACCACGCUGCUGAACGCCGGGGGAGAGAAGACCCUGCAGGCCGUGCCCGGAGCCAAGCCUGCCAUCAUCACCGCGUCGCGGCCCAUCACCAAAAUGAUCGUAGCGCAGCCCAAGAGCCUCGGUGCGGGCGUCCAGCCGUCCACCAAAAUCAUCCCCACCAAGAUCGUGUACGGACAGCAGGGCAAAACACAGGUCCUCAUCAAGCCCAAGCCCAUGGCGUUUCAGACGGCGGUGGUCAGUGAACAGACCCGUCAGCUGGUCAGCGAGACGCUGCAGCAGGUCUCCCGCAGCGCAGAACCCCUCGCCGGCUCCGGUCAGGAUGGCCCGUAUACCGAGAGCAGCCCGGCGGCGUCAGACAGCACUCACGACGCUCAGCCGGUGAUGCACCUCAUCACCUCCAGGGGGCAGGAGUGGACGGAGCAGGAGGUGUCUGUGGAGGCCAGUCCCAGCAUCAUCUACCAGGACAUGACCGGAGAGUCUCAGUCGGCCACGUCCACCAUCAAAGCCCUGCUGGAGCUGCAGCAGACCAGCGUGAAGGAGAAGAGCGACGCCAAACCACGGCAGCACACUAUCGACCUGAGUCAGAUGGCAGUGCCGAUCCCGGUGACGGCGGAGCGGAGACAGUCCCCGGAGCCGUCGGGUCAGAGCGCCGGAGACACGGACGCCGUCACCGAGUACAUCCCCAUCGGUAAAGUGUGUAAGGCUGUGAUCGGAGGAGACGUCACUGCGUCCAGCAGCCAGAGUCAGUCAGUGUCCUGUCCGGCGUCAGCCAAGAGCAGCACCGCCGCAUCCGCAGCAUCCGGACACGCCACGCAACAGGUGGAGGUGUGUGUGCCGCAGGUGAAGCCGCUGCAGGAGCAGGUGGUGGUGGAUGAGGGUGAGUUAGAGGGAGACACUCUGGAUCCUCAGACAGGUUUGUUCUACCGCUCGUCUCAGCAGCACCGCAGUCCUCCACCCAAACCUGCAGCCGGCCCGCCUGACACGCCCACUUCCUCUAAGAGGGCGGAGUCACUGACAGCCCGAGUCUCCGUACAGAGAGCGUCUGCGUCUGCGUCUGCGGCCCUCGUCUCCUCGAACCCUCCACACACACCGCAGCUGCCCAAACUGCAGCAGGCGCCCUCCUCACACAACCGGCCCAACACACACACGCAGCUGUCGCAGCCGCCGCCGCUGCAGGCGCAUCACCCCGUGGGCUCCAGCAAGACGCCCGGCAGCAGCCAGCUGCAGCAGCCGAUCAUCACGCAGGGAGCGUCCGUCACCAAGAUCACGUUCGGCGCUCACCAGUGUCCCCCGGUGUCCAGCAGCGCCGAGGCGUCCGUCAAGCUCCAGCCGGAGUCCAGCUCCAGCCUGACAGCCCCAGAGAAGCCCUCCGACAUCCUGAAGAUCUCCAUGAUGGAGGCGGAGAUCGAGCCCAUGGUGGUGGACUCGUCCAGUGACUGCGGCCCGCUGACCAAGACCCCGAGCGCCUCGCCGCUCAUCAGCAGCUCCAAACAGACGCUCGCUCACGGAGCCUUCGGCCGCGUCAAGAGCAAAGACCUGGACAUCAUACAGGUGAUCCCGCAGUACUCCAUCAUGCCCGACUCCAGCCAAUCAAACGUGGUGGUGGAGCCCAGCGGCUUCCUGGAGAUCAGCGACUACACCAGCCAGCGUCUGGACGAGGAGGCCGCCAUGGAACAGGAAGUGGACAGCAGCAACGACGAGGGGGCGGCGGCCAGCGACCAAUCGAGUGGCAUUUGA